AACUCGACCCAACUCACCGCGAUCAUAAAUCCUCAAGACCCGGAAGUCAUAUAUUCACUUAGUAUUAUAUAUCAGGAUCCACGAAAACCCCAUUUACCAUGGCAAUCUGCAUCACGUUCGGAACGCAUGAGUUUACGUCCAUGCUGGAAGGCUACGAGAAUGUCAGGGCUUACUGCCAUAACUGCCAACACUACAAUGGACAUUGUAUUACGCGAUGGCCCUGGUUUACCGUCUGCUUCAUUCCCAUGAUUCCACUCGCAAUACAUAAGUAUAAGGAAGUCACAUGCUACACAUGCCGAUUCACCCAAGACCUACGUGAUCGCCCCGAUAUCACUCCAGAGACCCGGCCUCCGGCAGGUGCACCGGCUGGCAUAGCACCACCUCCACAAGCCUACUGGGGACCACCUCCCCAGGCGUCAGGGGGAGGCGGAUAUCCCCAGCCUCAGGCCGGGGCACCACCGCAGAAUUAUCAGUAUAAGUGAUUCUGGGUGGGUGUGGCCUUAUUUUUUCCUUAUUCUAUUUUGUUGAGGGUUUAGGGGAAUGCCGACUUUGGUCUGGUUGAGAAGCGAUGUUAAUGAUUUGUAUAUUCUGUUGUAUGUACGAUACCUUUUGCUUCUUUUAUUUUAAUAUAUGGGUGUUGUUGCUCUUGUGA